AACAAUGUAUGGAAUGGUCAUCGUACUUAUUGUGCAUUAUACACGGAAUAAUACCCAUGUUCUAGGGGUGCUGUCCCAGGUACUAUAGAGAGAUGAAGAUCUGAACAUAUAAGGGUGCAAAGUAAACCACCUUGUGGGGGUCAUACAACACGAUGAGGAUCCUAUGAUAGAAGCUCGGCCGUCAUUCUCUGCCCGCUCACUCAAAUUCAGGAAGAAAAGAAGGUGCAUGUUCCUAGUAGCAGGCCCAGUAUGUAACCAUUCUGUCUAUACCACAAUAUUAUAUGUAUCUGCACUGAGGACAGCGUCUCUCAUCAUCUCACAUUGCAGCAGAUGACCAACCUGAAAUCAGCUCUACACAAGAUAACCGUGUGACGUCCUUCACAGACCAGACUGAGACCAUCAAGAUGAUGCUGAAAUCACUAGAACUGUUCAGUGCCCUAUACAUCUUAUUAUCAGUACAGCUGCGCUGCCAGGCUGUGGAUAUGAGCAUGAUGCCGGAUGCAUUUGAUGAUCAGUAUUUGGGCUGCGCCCGGGAAAUGGAGCGGGUAAUGCCAGGCAUACUGGAGCGGGAGAAGAAGUAUAAGCCGUUUGCCACAAUGUGGAUCUCAGCAGAACAGGACUGGAAGAAAAUAAAGCCAUAUAACAUCGUACCUGCUGAAUUUAAGGAUGAAUAUGGCACAGCCAUCAUCCUGUACACCAAGGAGAGCCCCUUCCCUAUUUACCAGAUGCUGAACAGAAACGUGUCCAUCGCUGGGCGAUCCCGGGAUCAUUACAUGGACAGAUUUCAUUUCAAAGCUCUUCACUUCUACCUGACAAGGACUCUGCAGGUGCUCAGCAGCGGCUGCGCCGGGCGGUCCCAGGUGUACCGGGGGACGUGGCUGACGUACAGUACUGUAUCACCCAACCUCCGCUUUGGACACUUUGCCUCAUCAUCUUUCAGCCCACAGGUUGCCCAGAGAUUUGGAACUAAGACUCUGUUUACUAUAUUUACCUGCUUCGGGGUGAGCAUCGAGGUGUUCUCAGACUUCAAAGAACAAGAAGUGCUCAUUCCAGUAACAGAAAAGUUUGACAUUAUGAAAAAAUCUGAAAACUCGUAUGUGCUCAGAAGCACCGGCCACCAUUGCAGCUACUACAACUGUGCAUACCUAGGAGGUGAAAAAAAGAAAACACCCUAUUUGCAGCUCUGCUCUGGGAAUGAAUUAUGACCACAGCGCUCCUCUCAUCCUAAGCUGUCUGACCGCCAUACUGAAUGUUAUAUGCCGGAAACAGUUGUGAUGUCACCACUCACUACAGACGCCAGCGCUGGAUCCAGUGUACAGGACAGGAACGGCACAAUCUGCAUUUACACCACAAUAGUGAUAUAACAGGGUCACUAUACGUCAUAGUCACAGAUAUCACAGACCUUUCUCAGACCAAUGCUAGCGAAAUGACAAGUGACUUUAAAACUGGAAUUUACUGACAUAAUUCCCGGACAGAUUCCCAUACUUUGUGAAUAUGGUGUUAAAUUGAUCGCGCUUUAUGUAACUUCAUGUAUCUACAGUAAUACGAGACUAUGCUGCCGUCACACUGACACUGCUAUGUGGAAGCAUUCUGCAGCAUGUGGAAUAUGGGGCAUCGCUUUGUCAUUUCUAACGCAAUAUAUAAAGACCCAUGGGGGUAAUUCCAAGUUGAUCGCAGCAGGACAUUUUUUAACAGUUGGGCAAAACCAUGUGCACUGCAGGGGAGGCAGAUGUAACACGUGCAGAGAGAGUUAGAUUUGGUUGGGUGAUAUUGUUUCUGUGCAGGGUAAAUACUGGCUGCUUUAUUUUUACACUGCAAUUUAGAUUUCAGAUUGAACACACCCCACCCAAAUCUAACUCUCUCUGCACAUGUUAAAUCUGCUCCCCCUGCAGUGCACAUGGGGGGUAAUUCCAAGUUGAUCGCAGCAGGAAUUUAGGGGGUCAUUCCGAGUUGUUCGCUCUGUAUUUUUCUUCGCAUCGCAGCGAUUUUCCGCUUAUUGCGCAUGCGCAAUGUUCGGACUGCGCCAAGUAAAUUUGCUAUGCAGUUAGGUAUUUUACUCACGGCUUUUUUUUCAUUCUGGUGAUCGUAAUGUGAUUGACAGUAAUUGGGUGUUUCUGGGCAGAAACUGGCCGUUUUAUGGGUGUGUGCGAAAAAACGCUACCGUUUCCGGGAAAAACGCGGGAGUGGCCGGAGAAAUGGGGGAGUGUCUGGGCGGACGCUGGGUGUGUUUGUGACGUCAAACCAGGAACGACAAGCACUGAACUGAUCGCAGAUGCCGAGUAAGUCUGGAGCUACUCAGAAACUGCUAAGAGAGGUCUAAUCGCAAUAUUGCGAAUCCGUCGGUCGCAAUUUUAAGAAGCUAAGAUUCACUCCCAGUAGGCGGCGACUUAGCGUGUGCAAUGUUGCUAAAAGCAGCUUGCGAGCGAACAACUCGGAAUGAGGGCCCUAGUUAGCAAUUGAGCAAAACCAUGUGCACUGCAGGGGAGGCAGAUGUAACAUGUCCAGAGAGAGUUAGAUUUGGGUGUGUUAUUUUGUUUCUGUGCAGGGUAAAUACUGGAUGCUUUAUUUUUACACUGCAAUUUAGAUUGCAGAUUGAACACACCACUCCCAAAUCUAACUCUCUCUGCACAUGUUAAAUCUGCCCCCCCCCCCC